AUGAGCGAAUCAAAUUCAGAUUUUGAUCGCGAUGUUAAUCUGACCGGAUCCAAAACAAUCAAAGAUCCAUCGCAGGAUCCAAGAAGUCCGUUCUUCCUUCAUCCUAGCGAAAAUCCCGGUGCGGUGUUGGUUUCUACUCCUCUCACCGAUCACAACUAUCACAACUGGAGUAGAGCAAUGAAACGUGCUCUAUCUUCCAAGAACAAAAUCAGGUUUAUCAAUGGUACUCUCCCUAAACCUUCUUAUCUUGAUUCCACAUAUGAUCUUUGGGAUAGAUGCGACAACAUGGUGCUUUCUUGGAUCACCAGAACCUUAUCUCCUCAUAUUUUUCAAAGUACAAUUUGCAUUGAGUCUGCAUUUGAACUUUGGAAAGAUCUUGAGGACCGAUUCUCAAAAGGAAAUUUUUUUAGGGUUUCUGAUCUCCUUCGUGAUCUUCAUUCCACUCAACAAGGAGAUCGAUCCCUCUCAAAAUAUUUUACUAAUAUGAAAAUCCUUUGGGAUGAAUUGGAAGACCUUCGACCUACCCCUUCUUGCUCCUAUGUAAACCCUUGUACUUGCUCUCUUUCAAAUUCUGUUCGCAAUUACAAGAAUAUGGAAUAUAUCAUCUGUUUUUUGAAAGGUCUUAAUACAAUUUACAGCAAUGUUCGCACACAAAAUCUCUUAAUGGAUCCUUUGCCUUCGAUUUCAAAAGUGUAUUCGUUAGUGUCUCAACAAGACUUUAACCAUUAUGAUGAUUCCACCACUGUUUCCAAAUCUUCUUCUGAAGCCGAGUACCGUGCCAUGGCUACAACUGUGUGUGAAAUACAAUGGCUGACUUACUUACUUCAAGAUUUUAAUCUGCAAUUUCAUACACCAGCCCUGCUGUAUUGCGACAGUCAAUCUGCUCGUCAUAUCGCUGCCAACACUUCAUUCCAUGAGCGAACGAAGCAUAUUGAAUUGGACUGUCAUAUUGUCCGUGAAAAGUUACAACAAAAGCUUUUUCAUCUGCUGCCUGUUUCAUCUUCUCAACAACUAGCCGAUGUCCUAACCAAACCUCUUGACCCUCUUCCUUUUUCCAAUUUCAUUUCCAAGCUGGGAUUGAAGGAUAUUUAUACUCCAGCUUGA